UGAACACCUCUCUGUCACUCUCUGUGCUUUUUUUAACCUCUAUUUCUUAGAAAACUUGUUUGUUUACUAAGAAAAUAAAAACCAAAGAUGCUCCCAGAAAAUCUUAGCUUGGUACUCUCACUCAUUUCACUGUAUUUAGGUCAAACAAGUCAUGCUUCGACUUACGAUUAUUCUGCAACAACAGAGUGUGUGGUGCAACCUGGAAGGACUCACUAUGGAGGAGGAAUCAUAGUUAAUCCAGAAUUCAAUCAUGGGAUAGAAGGGUGGACGACAUUCGGACAAGGCGUCAUCAAAGAAGGCAUGUCAGAGGAGGGAAACAGGUUUGUCGUCGCUCAUCGUAGAACACGGUCAUUAGACGGUAUUUCUCAGAAGGUGGUUCUUGAAGAAGGAAUGCUCUAUAGCUUCUCUGCUUGGAUUCAAUUAUCGGACGGAAGUGACACAGUUGCAGUUGUGUUCAGAACUAGUCAUGGUGACUUGAUACAUGGUGGAAAAGCAGCAGCUAAGCAAGGAUGCUGGUCUUUACUCAAGGGUGGCUUGGUUGCCAAUUUUUCAGGCACCGUUGACAUUCUUAUUCAGAGCAAGAACACAACUGGGGACAUAUGGAUUGACAAUGUCUCGUUGCAACCAUUCACCAAGCAGCAAUGGAGAUCCCACCAGGCGAAAAGCAUUGACAAGGUACGUAGAGCCAAGUUUAGGUUCAAGGUAACAACCAAUGCCAACAAAACAGUAGUGGAAGGUGCUGUAAUAUCCAUCAAUCAUGUCGAGUCGGGCUUUCCAUUCGGAUGUGGCAUGAACUACCACAUCCUGCAAAGCACAGCUUACCAGGACUGGUUUGCCUUAAGAUUCAAGUUUGCCACUUUCACCAAUGAAAUGAAAUGGUACACUACAGAGAAAGUACAAGGCCAUGAAAACUAUACCCUCGCGGACGCCAUGUUAAGCUUCGCCAAACUGAACGGUAUUUCUGUCAGAGGUCACAACAUAUUCUGGGACAAUCCGAAGCAACAGCCCGGUUGGGUUAAAGACCUUUCUCCUGAGGAAUUACGAAUAGCAGCAGAAAAGAGAAUACUUUCAGUUGUUAAAAGGUACUCUGGACAACUAAUUGCAUGGGAUGUAAUGAAUGAGAACCUGCAUUUCCACUUUUUCGAGGACAAGCUAGGCGAAAAUGCCUCUGCGUUCUACUACUACACAGCUCAUCAGCUUGAUCCGAACACGACCAUGUUCAUCAAUGAAUACAAUACAAUUGAGCACAGUAAAGAUGAGACAGCACAUGCAGUCAAUUACAUGAACAAGCUUGAGAAUAUUCUUGCAUUCCCUGGUAACAAAGACUUGCCAAUAGGCAUUGGAUUGCAAGGCCAUUUCGGCGCUGGCGAACCAAACCUCGCUUACAUGAGAUCUGCAUUGGACAUUCUAGGAUCAACAGGAUAUCCCAUUUGGCUCACAGAAGUGGAUAUAGACAAAUGCCCAAAUCAGGCAAAGUACUUGGAGGACAUACUCUGGGAAGGUUACACACAUCCUGCUGUUAAGGGGAUUAUAAUUUUUGCUGGCCCCGAAUACGCUGGUUUCAACGUUACCACUCUUGCAGACAGAGAUUUCAAGAAUACUGAAGCUGGGGAUGUUGUGGAUAAGCUGAUUCGGGAGUGGAAAACUGAGAAUCUACAAUUCAAAGCAGACAAUACAGGAUCCUCUGAGAUUUCACUGUUCCAUGGGGAGUACAAUGUCACUGCUAAGCACCCGGUGACCGACUCCUCGACUUCACAGAAAAUUAAAGUGACACAAAACAUCUCAGGAAAAACUGUUCAUAUUCAUAUUGAUUGAUUCCUGUAUCAUGCACUUGUUACUUAUGUAUGUGUUAAAAUAAAUUGGGCAGUA